GGACGCGCAGCCGCAGCCCGCCCAGCAGGCAGCAGCAGCGCCCGCCGCGGCGUCAUUAGCAGCAGUAACUCCUAAUCGCUGCCUGCCCCCGGCCAAUCGCGUGAUUUACUUGCUUUACUAAUCACGCUUAGCGAUUUAGUCUCCUCCUCCUCCCUCUUCCCUCCCCCCACCUCUUCCUCCCCUCCUGUAUCGCCGCUCCCUUUCUCCCCCCCUGCCUGCGGCCCUGUCCCUGAAUCCGCGGCGGCUCCUGAGGCGGGCGGCGCAGCGGCGAGCGGCGAGGCGCCGGAUCUGCGGCGGCGAUGGAGGCGUGAUUUGGGCGGGAGGUAGGCGAGGCGGGGUGCUGGUUUUCCGCCGCGCAGGAGAUGGCGGAGGCGCGGGGAGGGGACUUCCCCGUGGGGAUGAAGGUGCUGGUGGUGGACGACGACCCGACGUGCCUCGUCGUGCUCAAGAGGAUGCUCCUCGAGUGCCGAUACGACGUAACAACAUGUCCUCAGGCUACAAGAGCACUAACUAUGUUGCGAGAGAAUAGGCGUGGUUUUGAUGUUAUAAUAAGUGAUGUCCACAUGCCAGAUAUGGACGGAUUCAGGUUACUUGAACAUGUUGGCCUUGAAAUGGACCUUCCAGUUAUUAUGAUGUCUGCUGAUUCAAGAACAGAUAUUGUGAUGAAGGGAAUAAAGCAUGGAGCAUGUGACUAUUUGAUAAAACCCGUCAGAAUGGAGGAAUUGAAAAACAUCUGGCAGCAUGUUGUUAGGAAAAAAUUCAAUGAAAACAAGGAUCAUGAGCAUUCAGGUAGCCUAGAUGACACUGAUCGUAACAGACCAACCAAUAAUGAUAAUGAAUAUGCUUCCUCUGCGAAUGAUGGCGGCGAUGGUAGUUGGAAAUCUCAGAAAAAGAAAAGAGAGAAAGAAGAGGAUGAAGCUGAUCUUGAAAAUGGUGAUCCUUCUUCUACAUCAAAGAAACCAAGAGUUGUUUGGUCAGUUGAGCUUCAUCAACAAUUUGUAAAUGCAGUCAAUCACCUUGGAAUAGACAAAGCUGUUCCGAAGAAAAUUUUGGAGUUGAUGAAUGUCCCUGGCUUAACUAGGGAAAAUGUUGCCAGCCAUUUGCAGAAAUUCAGACUCUAUCUGAAGAGAAUAGCUCAGCAUCAUGCAGGAAUACCUCAUCCAUUUGUUGCGCCUGCUUCUAGUACUAAAGUUGCCCCACUAGGGGGAUUGGAAUUCCAAGCUUUGGCUGCUUCCGGUCAGAUCCCUCCUCAGGCUCUGGCUGCUUUGCAGGAUGAACUCCUAGGUCGACCAACAAGCAGUUUGGCGUUGCCUGGAAGGGACCAGUCAUCUUUACAACUUGCUGCAAUCAAAGGAAACAAGCCCCAUGGAGAGAGAGAAAUAGCAUUUGGUCAACCCAUAUACAAGUGUCCGAAUAACACGUAUGGGGCAUUCCCUCAAAGCAGCCCAGGUGUUGGAGGAUUGCCAUCUUUUGGAGCUUGGCCGAAUAACAAACUUGGUAUGACUGAUUCACCAAGCGUGUUGGGAAAUGUGAACAAUUCUCAAAAUAGCAAUUUGCUAUUGCAUGAAUUGCAACAACAGCCAGACUCCUUGCUGUCAGGAACCCUUCACAAUAUUGAUGUCAAACCUUCUGGCAUAGUUAUGCCCUCUCAAUCAUUAAAUGCAUUCCCGGCUAGUGAGGGUAUCUCGCCUAAUCAAAAUCCCUUGGUGAUACCUUCACAAUCACAAAGUUUUCUGGCAUCCAUUUCUCCAUCCAUGAAACAUGAACCUGUCCUUGCAUCGUCUUCACCAUCAAACAGUCUGUUGGGUGGAAUUGAUAUGGUUAAUCAAGCUUCAACAAGUCAGCCUUUGAUUAGUACCCAUGGAACAAACCUUCCUGGUCUCCUGAACCGCAGCUCAAAUGCAGUGCCUUCACCAGGCAUUAGUAAUUUUCAAAGUGGGAAUAAUCCUUAUGUGGUUAAUCAGAAUGCUAUGGGAGUUAGCUCAAGACCACCAGGUGUUCUGAAGACUGAGAGCACUGACUCACUGAGUCGAAGUUAUGGCUAUAUCGGUGGCAGCACCAGCGUGGACUCUGGCUUGCUGUCUCAGUCCAAAAAUCCACAGUACGGUUUAUUGCCAAACCCAAAUGAUGUUACAGGCAGCUGGUCUCCUUCACAAGAUAUUGAUAGUUGUGGAAAUAAUCUUGGGCAAGGCUACCCUGGCUCCACUUCAUCUAACUACCAGAGUUCCAAUGUGACCCUUGGGAAGUUGCCUGAUCAAGGACGAGGGAGGAAUCAUGAGUUUGUUGGGAAAGGUACUUGCAUUCCAACCCGCUUUGCAGUGGAUGAGGUUGAGUCUCCAACUAACAACUUGAGCCACAACAUUGGAAACAGUGCAGACAUAGUGAACCCGGACAUGUUCGGAUUUAGUGGACAGAUGUGAAACUUUCUUGAAUUUGUAAGUAGGUUUGAUCAGUGGGCACUGGAAAGAAAUUAGUGGUUUGAUGAAUGGUUGCUCGAAUCUUCAUUUCAUCCUUUUCCUCUGUAAUUGGUUUAUAAUGGGAAUAAUUUAUGUGACAGCAUGUGGAAUCUUGCUUUAUAGAAAUUUGUUCAGUUUAAAGAACUUCAAAUUAUUCAGUCCCCUGUUACUAGCUGCUCCACCUAGCUUUUCAUGUAAAUACCGAUUGUUUCUGACCAUCGUAAUUCAGCGCAGAAAAUUUAAUGCCCA